AUUGGCAUUACCGAAGAAGAAGAUAUCCCUGACGAUGUCGUAAUUGAAGGUGUUGAACAAAGCUCUCUAUCGUCAGUGGGCAUUGACAAUCAAAUGAGUGAGGCACACGUUGAUGAGCCAGCAGACAAUUACGCACCGGAAAACGAUUACACGCCUGAGAACGAUCAC